GGCCGGUUCCCGCGCCGGCCCCCACGGAAGCUCCGGCUGAGAGUGCCCGCAUGGAGCCGGAACCGCACUCCUUGGAGGCCGUCCCUACAGCGGCCGCGCUCUUCGCUUGGGGUGCAAAUAGCUAUGGGCAACUUGGCCUUGGCCACAAGGAAGAUGUGCUUUCUGCCCAGCAACUGAGUGACUUCUGUAAAUCUAGUUGUAUCAAGCAGAUCACAGGAGGAGGGGGCCACUCUGCUGUUGUCACAGAUGAAGGAAGCCUUUUUGUGUGUGGCCUCAACAAAGAUGGGCAGCUGGGGCUGGGUCACACAGAGGAGGUCCUGUAUUUUACCCCCUGCAAAUCGCUCCUUGGCUGUGCCAUCCAGCAGGUGGCCUGUGGCUGGGACUUUACUAUUAUACUUACAGAAAAGGGUCAAGUUCUAUCAUGUGGAUCCAACUCCUUUGGCCAGCUGGGAGUUCCUCAUGGGCCUCGAAGAUGUGUGAUCCCCCAGGCCAUCGAGCUCCUGAGAGAGAAGGUUGUUAGUAUUGCUGCUGGACUGAGGCAUGCUUUAGCUGCAACAGCUAGUGGCACUGUGUUCCAGUGGGGAACUGGUUUGGCAUCAUCUGGACGGCGACUGUGUCCUGGGCAGACUCUCCCACUGUUUCUGACAGCAAAGGAACCCAGCACAGUGACAGGCCUAGAGAAUUCUCAAGCAGUAUGUGUUCUUGCUGGCUCUGAUCACUCAGCUUCACUGACAGAUGCAGGAGAGCUGUAUGUUUGGGGAAGCAACAAACACGGGCAACUGGCUUCCCAGGCUGCUUUCCUGCUCCUGCCCCAGAGAAUAGAAGCACAUUGUUUCCAGAAUGAAAAGAUCGCUGCUGUCUGGAGUGGGUGGACACACCUGGUUGCUCAGACAGUAACCGGCAAGGUGUUCACCUGGGGCCGAGCGGACUACGGGCAGCUGGGGAGGACAGUGGAGACUCGUGAAGGCUGGCAGUCAGAGAAGCAGGAUCCAUCCGUCCCUGGCUCCGGGCCACAGAAGGGCACACCUUCGUGUCUGCCUUUCUUGACGGGAGCAACCGAGAUCUCCUGUGGCUCAGAGCAUAAUCUGGCGGUGAUUCGUGGCGUGUGUCACUCCUGGGGCUGGAACGAGCAUGGCAUGUGCGGGGACGGCACCGAAGCGGAUGUCUGGGCCCCAAAGCCCGUGCCGGGCCUGCCUUCCUCCUUGGGACUCCAUGUGGGCUGCGGGGCUGGCCACUCCCUGGCCCUUUGCCAGCUGCCAGCCCUCGCUGACCUGGGCCAGCACCCCAGGGUUACCAGUCCUUCCCCGGACGCCACCAAGGAAGCCAGAUCUCAAGUAGCCAUGGAGCAAGAAAGAAACCAGAAGGAAAGACAUGCAGAAACUUCUCCCCAAGCCCAAUCUGACAGGUUCAGAAAUGGGGGGCUUGUGGCAGAGACCCUUGAAUAAAGUGACCUU